CUAUCAGUGCCAGUCAGUGCUGCCUAUCAGUGCCGCCUACCAGUGCCAUCAGUGCCUCCUCAUCAGUGCCCAUCAGUGUCACCUAUCAGUGCCCAUAAGUGCAGCCUAUCAGUGCCCAUCACUGCAGCCUCAUUAGCGCACAUCAGUGAAGGAGAAAAAUUACAACAUUUUAUAACAGAAACUAAGAAAAAAAUUUUUUUUUUUCAA